ACAGCAUUUCACUUCUCCUAAUUCUCCUUCAGUUCGCAAGAACUUCCUGUGGGUGUGGGACCCUACUUUGCUUUGCUAUAAAGUGUUGCCGUUUCUCCACGCGCCCUCUGCAAAAUCCUCUGUUUCGAUUCGACGACAACAACAACAACCUAUAACUGUUACUUAUUUCGUAAUCUUAAUUAACGUAAAAAAAAAGCGAAAAUGUUGCACUGUGCGAACACGUCGGGGAAUCUGGCUGGGGACAUGACAGUGUGGGAAAGACAGAGGGCGAGGAUGAAGUGGCAAGAAGAGCAAGGGUACUUUUCUGCGUUCGACGCUCUUUUCUCUUCUUCUUCUCAAGAUUCCUUCUUGCUGCCUGCUGAUUCCGGUUGUGCGCUUGGUGAAGUGGUAGCUCAGGCUCAGGCUCAGCCUCAGCCUCAGCCUCGCUCCAUGAAUAAGCCAUCUGUUCAUGGGUUUGAUGAAAGUUCUUCGAUUUCAAGAACUUUUAGUUGUCCACCUGCUUUGGUGGAGCCCAGGCCCACUGGCUCUUCGAUUGGGAAAGAGAGUUCCAAGAAAAGGAAACCCGAGAAGCUUCACAGUGCUAAGUUUGUUACAGAAAAUGAUACGAAAGACAAGAGGAUCAAACUGGGUUCCGACGACGAUGAACAAUCCAAAAUCACAGGGAGCCCCAACAGCAACGCCAACACCGAUACCAACAAAAGAGAAACUUGUGCAGAUACUUCAAAUUCGAAGCAAAAUUCCAAAGUCUCCGAGAUUCAAAAUCAAAAGCCCGAUUACAUUCACGUCCGCGCGCGUCGCGGCCAAGCCACCGAUAGCCAUAGCUUAGCUGAAAGAGUUAGAAGGGAAAAAAUUAGCGAGAGAAUGAAGUAUUUGCAAGAUUUAGUACCUGGUUGCAACAAAAUCACGGGAAAAGCUGGAAUGCUUGAUGAAAUCAUCAACUAUGUUCAAUCUCUUCAACGACAGGUUGAGUUUCUGUCAAUGAAAUUAGCUGCUGUGAACCCAAGGCUUGACCUCAGUAUUGAUGAUCUAUUUGAAAAAGAGGUGUUUCCUUGUGCUGCGAAUUUUCCAAACAUUGGAAUGUCAUCAGAUUUGACGAACUCUGGCUAUGUUCAAUUCAAUUCACCACAAGAAAUGGUGUCGUAUGGGGGAUUAGACACGGUGAUUAACCCUCCCUACAUGGGCCUAAAAAGGAGUAUAAGUGCCCAUGUAUCAGUGCCUGAAACAUAUCUUCACUCAUCCUCUUUCACACAAUUGCUUCCCUCCUCAACAUGGGAAGGUGAUUUCCAAAACCUUUUGAAUUUGGAUUUUGAUCAAGUGCGAGCCACAUCUUUCCCUUCUCAUUUGUCCUCAGGACUGGUUGAAGCUGGCAAUCAUCUAAAGAUGGAGAUGUAGACUAGAGCUUCUAUUUCUUCUGCAACUUAUCAAGAUUCUUUUUGUUUUCUUUUCAAGUACAUAGCAUAUAUCAAUUGUUUGUAACUGCUCCAUAAUAUAAAUAAAAAUUUAUUUAGUACCUGUUAACUUCA